AUGAAGGCUUUCCACCUCAAUCUUUCCUCCCUGCCGUUCGCAGCCCAGCUGGUUGCAGCGUCGUCCACUCUUUUCACUGGCGGAACCAUCGUCGGGUAUGACCAGAGUACAGAGUCUCUGGAAAUCAUCCGCAAUGGCUCUGUCCUAAUCGAGGAUGACCGCGUCGUAGCCCUCUACCCACCUGGGGGUUAUUCCUCGGUGCCCAAAAAGACUGAGAUCAUCGAUGUCGCUGGCAAGAUCAUCACCCCUGGCUUUAUUGAUACGCACCGCCACGGUUGGCAGACUGCGUACAAGACCUUCGGCUCAAACAUGAGCAUGAUAGAAUACUUUUUCCGUUAUCAAGAGCUUUUCGCAGGCACCCCCUUCUCUGCCGAUGAUGUGUACAUCGGCCAGCUGGCCGGGCUCUAUGAGUCGCUCAACGCUGGCGUGACCACCACAUUAGACCAUGCUCAGCAUACGUGGUCCCCCAGCACAUCUAGGGCGGGAUUUCGGGCCUCGGUAGACAGUGGCGCCCGCGUCUUUUGGGCCUAUGCCAUCCGCCCGGCUCCCAAUUUCACCGUGACUCAGCAGAUAGCUGACUUCAAGGCCAUUGUCAACGAGAGUGAUCUCGAUGGAACCGCUACCUCUAUCGGUUUAGCAUACGAUACGUGGGGCCCGGACCCCAAUAUGACGGAAGUCAAUGCCAUCAUCUCUCUAGCGAAAAGUUCGAAUGUCUCUGUCCUCACGACACACUCCAUGCAAGGUCCCUGGGGCCUCACCAAUAGCCCCGCAGACCUCCACCGAUAUGGCAUCCUCAAUACAAGCAUCCCAGUUAUCUUCUCACAUGGAAGCGUCCUCACGGCUCACGACGCAACUCUCCUUCGAAGCACAAAUCAGUAUCUCUCCAUUACGCCCGAGUCCGAAAUGCACUACGGCCAAUCCCAUCCCCGCAGCCACCUUAUCCAGGACCAGGGUAGCCUGGGCGUCGACACCCACUUCGCCUUCUCCAUCGACAUUUUGACUCAGGCCCGCCUAUGGCUCCAGAAGACGCGCUCACUGCUCUACACGCCAGUCGUCGACCAACAAUGGAAGUUACCAAAGAACAGCCCGAUGUCCGCCGACCAGGCAUUCCUCCUCGCCACCCGCAACGGCGGCCUGGCGCUGCGCCGCCCUGACCUGGGUGUUUUAGCUCCCGGAGCCAAGGCCGACCUCAUCGUCUGGAACAGUGAUUCCCCCGGCAUGCUAGGAUGGGUAGACCCCGUCGCCGCCGUCAUUCUCCAUGCGAAUGUCGGCGAUAUCCAGCACGUGCUCGUGGAUGGGAAAUUCGUCAAGCGGGACUUCAGGCUAACGGUACCCGACUACAAUGAAGUCCAGAAACGCUUCCUAAAAAGCGCCCGGCGUAUCCAGUCUUGGUAUGCUGAGCAGCCUGAGCCCACUAUCCCGGAGGAGAUGGGAGGCUUCCCCAUCAUCGAGAUCGACACCAUGGAUGUGCAGCGUGGAGACGGAAAUGCCUAUCGUGGACUCAACUACUAG